AAAUUAUUUUAUUUUCGACAUCAUUCCAAAAAGUGUUUCUAUUUCAACUUUCUUCAUUUUACUUUAAAGUAAUCAGUGCCUUUUAGAGAAAAGUUAAAAGUUUUAUUAAAGUAAUUAAAUCAAUCAUCAUGGGUGUCGGUGGUCGAAUGGAUUUCUGCAGCCAACUCGUUAAAUAUGGAAUGUUUGUGAGCAAUGUGAUAAUUUUCUUCUGCGGCGUUGGUGUCUUUGUGUUGAGUAUGAUUACGCUCAUUGAUCGUAACUUCUUAAGUGAACUCUACGGCACGAAUUUAUUCACUGGAGCUCUCUAUGUUCUUGCCAUCUCAUCAGCAGUUGUCUGCCUUUUGGCCUUGUUCGGAUGCUUCGGAGCUGUUCGCGAAGUUAAAUUUAUGCUGCUUACGUAUUUCAUUCUGGUAUUUUUGGUGUUUGUGACAACGCUCAUCGGUGGCAUAAUUUGUCAUGUCUUUCGAGAAAAAGUUGAGUUGACGAUGAGACAAAGUAUGACGGAAUCAAUUAGACUUUAUCAGUCACGUCGACAAGUCACAAAUGCUUGGGAUUUGACACAAACACGUUUGAGAUGUUGCGGUGUGACAACAUUCCGUGAUUGGUCUGGAAGAAUUCCGCGCACAUGUUGUCAAGAAAUCAGCCCGAAUGUGUACAAACCUUGUGAAGACAAUCCAACAUUAAUUAAUGUGCAUAACGAUGGAUGCCUUGAUAUUGGAACGCGAUUUAUUCGCGAUCGUGCUUUCAUUGUUGGAACAUCUGGAAUUGGUUUAGCUCUCACAAUGCUGCUUGGAAUGAUUUUUUCAUUCAUUUUCUUCAAUAUGAUAGAAUAGAAUUUUAAUUAUUCUUUCUUUUCCUAUCGCACAUCACAUCACAAUGGUGGUUGUCGGAUUGGUAACGAAAGUUCAAAGACAUUUUAUGAAUCUCAAAAGCAACCGUCCUGAGAAUUUAUUAAUAUUUCUUUUUUUACAAAUUUUUAUUAAUUUCAAGUAAAAAAUGAAACUUAUGAUGAUAGAUUGUAAACUAGAAUCUCUUGUUCGUUCAUGGCAUCACUAAAGCUUAAUCUAAUAUUUUUUGUUUGCUUAAAUUAAUAAUUGUAGUGACUUAGAAAUGAUAAACGCGCGGCACCUUUGUCAUCUUUUAAAAGAAAGAGAAAAUUCAAAUAUCUAAAUAAUUAAUUAAGUUACUUGAACCUUAAUCCGUCCAGAAAGAAUUUUUGUGUCAAAGAGUGCAACGCGUUUUAGAUUUUAAUAAGAAAAAUGUUGAGAAUUUUUUUUUUCAAUAAAGAAUCAUUCCACU